GUGUAGAAAAUAAUUGGAUUAUAGGUAAUGCGUAAUAGGGGCAAAUUACAUAAUAAUACGUCUUCGUCAAUAACUGUAUAUUUUACAGAAAUUAAGGCUCGUAGCAUUAUAAAAGAACAUGCAUAAUAUUGCAAACACAUUUCCUUGCAAUACGUUCUAGCAGCGACCGCAUCAUGCCGUCCGAUCAAUCUAAAAUGUUUGAUCAAACGUUGACUGCUUUGAAAAUUUUCGGAGUAUGGAAGGGCAGAACACCCUCGAAAUACUACAAAUAUUAUACGCUUGUAUUUCUUUUCUUCUCGUGGGGUUUCUAUAACUUUCUUCUAACUUUAAAUCUGGUUUAUACACCUCGAAGUUUGGAGUUAUUCUUACGAGAAUUAAUGUUUUACUUCACGGAAAUGCCUGUGACAUCGAAGUUUUUAACAGUUCUCCUCUUGCGUGAUGAAAUACUUGAAAUAUUUAAUUUCAUAGAUUGUGAUGAAUUUGUCGGUGAUUAUGAAAACAAGGACGGUAUGCUUUACAAAACCAACAUGCGUUACAGAUUGGUUUGGAAACUUUACUUUGUAUUGUCACACGUAGCUUUUACGUGUGAUAUAAUUCUACCGAUAGUGUUUGAUGUUAUAAGAGGAGACAAAUCUGAACUGCCAAUCUGCAAAUAUUACUUUUUGAGCGAUGAAGACCGAGAUUCUCAUUUUAUGUAUUUGUUUCUUUAUCAAUCUAUUGGAAUGUACGGGCACAUGUUUUAUAACUUAAACGUCGAUUCAUUUGCUGCGGGACUCUUAGCUGUAGCAAUAGUUCAAAUGAAGAUACUCAAUAAAAAAUUCAGAAAUUUAAAAUUAUCAGCCGAAGAGCGCAAUCUGCCGUUUGAAAUUCAAGACAAUAUUCAAAUAAUAAGGAUGAAUAAAUUGUUACGACACUAUGAAAUUAUUCUGAACUACUGCGACGCCAUACAAAAUGUUUUUUCAGCAACAUUCUUUUUCCAAUUCAGUUUUGGGGCGAUGACAACAUGUGUCAUUAUGUGUAGUUUGCUGAUGCCAGCAACGGUGGAGUACAGAGUAUUCCUGGUGAUCUAUUUACUGUCUAUGGCUGGCCAAAUUUUGGUACCCAGUUUACUUGGCACUCUGCUUACACAUGAAAGUGCAGAAUUAGUAACAGCGGCAUACAACACUGAGUGGAUAGGAAGAUCGGAAUCGUUUAAGAAAAGUUUGAUGCUCUUUAGACAACGAGCAGCUACUCCGAUUAAAAUUACGGGCUUGAAAAUGUUUCCCCUGUCCCUGGUCUCUUUUAUUGCAAUCAUGAAAACCACAUAGGUAUUCUUUCUUCACACUUAUUAGAAAUGCUCAACAAACAUAGAUUUAGACAAGGCAUCUUAUCGUUAUUUAAAUUAAGAUAUAACAAGUACACGC